GUCAGAGUGGAUGACAGAUUGACAGACGUUAAAAGCUAAAAGAUUUAAAAUCAGUAGAAAUUAGAAAUAGAAAUUAAAAAAAUUUUAUAUAAAAAUGUCCGAAUCAAUUGACCCUAAAGAAAUCCUAAUAUAUCUUAACGAAUUAGGAUAUACAAAUAUAAGUGCCCAAAUGUUAAAGGAAUUUAUUAUUGAUCUAAGGAAACUAAUGAAAUAUGACCAAAGGAAACGGAAAGUAGAAGCACAUUUUGAUCCAACAGAAAGCUACAGUCAUAGUACUCCUAUAUACCCAGAAAUAAAACAACCGCCAAGGAAAACGCAGAGCAAUGACAUUUUUGAAACACUGCACAAUCUUCCUACAGAAGCAUCAAAAGCAAAAAUGGUGACUAAACGGGCACACCAAAUCGAAGUUGUUCACAUCACACAUAAGAAUAUCAAUCACGAACAUUGUAUUCACUUAGAAAAUAAUUCACCAAUCAGUGAUGCAUUGGGUGUAGGUUCCAAUAAAGUUGCUGAGAGUACUGAAAAACAGUCAAAGGAAACUAUACAUACCCAACCUAAUAGUAGUGAACCGUCUACAACUAAACAGUUAAGGCCAACGUCAAAGCAAAGUGUUAACAGUUCGUCAGCUCCCAGUUCUAAAUUGAAAAAAAGUAAAACGACAGUUCUUAAAAAUAAAUCCAACAUAAAACCUCUGCGAAAGACAGACCCAGUGGCUCUCUAUCACCAGUAUCAAGAGGAAUGGAAACAUAUCAAAUUUCCAGGAGAGGACAACCACCUGGAUCUAAGGUGGGCUGUGAGAGAAAAACUUAUGGACGGGCCUCCCAUAGAGAAACCUGUUAAGAGAAUUAGUAGUAAGAAAAAAGCAUUUUAAAUAUUGGUUAAGGUUUAAAAUGAGAUAUUUUUGUACUGAUGUUAUGUUUAUUAUGAAAGUAUUAAGUCAUAUUGAUGUAAAUAUAUUUUAAGAACAAAAUUUCCAUAGAAAUAUACAUAAUUUAGGAAUUAAUACAAACAA